UUUAAUUUCUUUAAUCAUUAUCCAAAAAUAGCAUCUGAGUCAAAAUCACAACACAAUAAUACUCGAGAAUUCAGCAGUAUUAUUAGUACUUCAGUAGAGUGUAGCCUCUCAUUUGCCCGUUUUAUAUUUCAUUUGUGCAAGUUUAAAGAAAGGGGCCACAGCAUGCCUGCUUUAGAAGAUGUUCUGUUUCAGUUGAAGUUUUCUAUAAAACAACUUGAGAGGUAUGCUAAGAAGGCAGAAAAGGAACAAAAAGUUCAACAGGCAAAAGUUAAAAAAGCCCUUGAACAGAAGAAUGUAGAAGGAGCCAGAAUCUAUGCAGAAAAUUCCAUCCGAAAGAAGAAUGAGGGCCUUAACUAUCUCAGAAUGGCAUCCCGGGUGGAUGCAGUAGCAUCAAGGGUACAGUCAGCCAUGGCAAUGAAACAGAUAACCAAGAACAUGGGCCAAGUUGUUAAAGGUCUAGAUAAAGCUCUUCAGUCUAUGGAUCUACAGAAGAUUUCUGCUGUCAUGGAGAAAUUUGAGGGGCAGUUUGAAGAUCUAGAUGUACACACUCAGGUGAUGGAGGGGUCGAUGGGUGCGGCUACCACCCUGACCACGCCCCAGGACCAGGUAGAUCAACUCAUCCACCAGGUCGCCGAGGAGAACGGGCUGGAGAUGAUCUCCGACUUGAACGCUGCCCCCUUGGCCGGGAGCGAUCCCCUUGCAGCGUCGACUGCAUCCUCAUCAAGGACCAUGGCGGAGGAGGACAGUCUGACCAGGAGAUUGCAGGCGUUACGAAACUGAGCCCUCUCUUUCUUUUCUGUAUGGUCAUCAGUGCAUUGUAAUUCUUCAUAAUUGUAUGAAUUCGCACCAAGGACAACUGCAGGGGUGGAUCCAGGAUUCCUUCAAGGGAUCAGAAAGUGGGUCAAUUAUGGCCCGUAUGCUGAAGUCAGAUUUAAUUUAAACUCUGGUCUAAAGUUGUGAUGUAACUAUGGAAAGCCAAUUGUGAAAUAAAUCUCUAACAUCACAGGUUCAAUUUAACAGCUCAUUUAACAUUCAAAAUGAUUAAUACAUGCCUGUAAAUAGUAGGUAAAAGCAGUUUUCUUCAUCAUUAAUGCGGAAUGAAAUAGCAUAGUGAACUUAUAUAGUGUCAAUGAAUUUUAAAUAUAAUUUUUUGGCUGUCCAUAAUUCUAGCCCAGAGUUAGACCAUGGCUUAAGUUAAACCAGACUUCAGAAUACAGGCCAAUAUUUGCAGAAUUUUCUGACAAGUGUAAAGGGAUAGUUCUUACUUCCCCAGAUGUCAAAAUUUCUUAAACAGAAAAUGUGACAUAUUAGAUAAAAAAGAGAACAAGUUAUGACAUCAAAAAAAGGAAGAAAUUUCUCUUUAAGAGGUGUGAAAAUGCUACUUUGGGAAUACAGAGGGGGUAAUGUGUAUUAUAAAUUGCCUAUUUGUCUACUGUUAACUCGUCCACUCACCAAAUGGUCUACUUUCGUUUAGUCUACUGCCAUUCUGUCCAUCAACAUUUCGUCUAACAACUAUUUGGUCCAAUAACCAUUUGGUCCAAUCAUCACUUCGUCUA